CUGCAUUGUUUUGUCAUUUCAUCACAUCUUGCCUAUAUCGAUGUUCCUGAGUCUUACUGAUUAUCACUAUUUGGACUCUCAAAUUAGUUGCUACAAAUAAAGAGGCCUGUGCUGAAUACAUCGACCGCUACUAUGCUGUAUGUUGGCCAGAUGACAACUAAAUGGACAGGCUCGUCUCGAGGCCUGCCGGACUGCGAGGGUGGGAGGGGUACAGAUCACUGUCGUUCGAGGUGGAGAGAGACGGCGCGUGAGCCCGUUGGGUUGGAAUCGGACCCCGCAAUGGUUGACGGGAUGAGAGAGGAAGAGAGACGACUUAUGACUUACGAAAACUGGCCAUCAUCGUCACAGGAUCCGGCCAAAUUAGCAGAAGUUGGACUAUUUUACACUGGACGACUGGACCGAGUCAAGUGCGCCUUCUGUCUUGGGGUGUUGAAGGAAUGGCAGCCAGGGGAUAUCCCGCUGGCAGAACAUAGGAGACACUUCCCUUACUGCAGGUUCAUCCGGGGUGAGGAUGUGGGCAAUAUUCCAGCCAGACAAUCCACCAUCCAUCGGAUACCUGGAACGUCUGGACUUAGACCAGCAACACGUGAUGCAUCUGUCUGGAUCAAGGGAUGUGGCACUUCUGAUGUGAAUGAAAGCAUGUACAUCACUCCCUCGCGUGGCCCACCAAACUACAGACUCCGACCUUCAGAUACAGAAGCGUCUCCCCAACGAUCUUCAGAUACAGAAGGAUACCCCAAACGAUCUUCAGAUACAAAAGCGUAUCCCAAACGAUCCUUAGAUACAGAAGCGUAUCCCAAACGAUCUUCAGAUACAGUAACGUACCACAAACCAUCUUCUACAACUCUGCUGAACUAUUCAACUGAUAAGACUGUUGCCCAAUCUGUGGACACUGCGGACGGAACUCUUGAUUAUACAUCUGAAGCAAGUCGUCUGGCAACGUUCAAACACUGGCCUGUGGAGGCCCAGAUUUUACCAGAGGUACUGGCUAGAGCAGGUUUCUAUCACGCCCCCACUCCGGGUAAACCUGACCGGGUGAGGUGUGGGUACUGCCAGGGUAAGCUGUAUGCAUGGAGCGGGGAAGAGGAUCCGGAAAUGGAGCACAAGAAGUGCUUUCCUACCUGUCCCUUUGCGGGGAUGGCUGGAGGAGAGGCGAGGAGGACGAACCAUUCUUUGACAUCAUCAAGUAUUUCAAGUUUCUGUGAAGGUAACAGAGCCACGUCAGUUCCAGAAAGACUUAACCUUCCUUCCAAGAACGCGCUGUCAACAGCGUCAGGUGACAUGGCAACAACCAAUCAAGCUGAGUUUUGUGAACGCAUGCGCGGCGAAGAAGGCGUUUUGCCCAAACAGAACAUGAAAGACAUAGGUGGGGUGAUGUUGAGCGACACUGUGGCACGAGUCGUGGAGAUGGGGUUUGCCAGGGAGACAAUAGAGAAGGUUGUUAUGAGCAAGAGCAGCAGUGGUGAGCUGUCUACGGUUCAGGGGCUUGUGGAGGCUGUGCUGAACUACGAUGUGUAGAGGACUUCUUUAAAUCGUGAGCUGGGGAUCCUAUUAUCUUUAAUUGUAUUGGCAUCUGUGUUACACGUUAUAUGCGUGUUUAUACAUCAGUAUAUUCAAGUCUACAAGAGAAUAACCCAGGAACAAGAAAUUGUUAUCAUAUAUUAUGUCUUAGCAUAGGCGGAUCCAGAGUAGGGUGGGGGUGAAAAUAAACAGUGCACCCACCCCCAUCCUCCUUCUCAAAAAGCUGUAUCCAGUAAGAUCCAAGUAGGCGACAAAGCAAGGCUAGUUCAUAACAAAUAUUAUACCUGACACGUAGUUAUAAAGGCAGCAUUGAUUUACUGUGCUUGGAAUAAACCAUGAUUUUCUGUACACAAGAAUGAGGGGAUGACUUACGUUUUACGGCGGUUGUAACACGUUAUCAGUUUCACCUAGCACAGUGUAAAUGGGUCAACCUAUCAAACACCCAGUAAACUUUGAAAUGCCCGAUGUGAUGCGGUUCCUGGAUGUUCACAACUUUCGUGAAAACUGCCAGCACGGGUACGCGCUCACAAGAAAAUCCAGCAAAUUCUGGGAUUUGAUCCAAGGCAAAAGUAGUACAUCCACAAUGCUAAUAGUAUAUUAUUGUGUAAGCUGGGUGGUGUCUGUGGUUCGUGAUUACUUUACUGCUAUUUGGGGUCGGGAACGGGACCCCUCACAAACAAUACUUGUAACCGGCAAAUAACCGGCAGCAAUAACAGUAAAACAUUCUUAGUGUCGACCGUGAGCGCAAGGACAGAUUAGAAAUAUCAAGUGAAUGUUUUAUCACUGGUAAAUGUGAAUAGAUAUUCACGUCUACUUUGACGUAUUUUGUAGAAGACAUGAUCAUGUAACUUGGACCUG